CAACUCAUGGUUGCACUGUGUCUCCAUGACAACAGUGUACUCAAACAAUCUGUGUCUGUUACAAAAACAUCACAAGUGUCAUUAGAUGUACUAAAUGAGGCCAUUAAAGACUUGUUGCUGCGCAAGUAUCCAAACGUCACAAUGGUCCAUGUCUCAAACAAGGUGGCCAUCUCGGGUACAAGCUAUGCGCCAGGAAUGUUGCUGUCUUACGGUUCAACUGCAGGUUUGCCUGACUUUGCUGAAGUUUGUCAGAUCAUCUUGGUUUUUGAUAGCAUAUUGUUUGUUGUCAAACUACUAAAUGGAUGGUACAACGAGCACCUCAGGAGCUAUGAGCUAGACUACACAGGCAACAACCAAAUAAUUGAGCCCAAAGAACUACUUGAUUUCUAUCCACUGGCUAUGUACACUAUCGCAGGACGACGAGUUGUUACCUUAAAACACCACAUCAACACUCUCUUUUAAAUAAGCAAUGGAAUUUGGAAUGGAUUUUUUUUUUGUCAAUGAACUAAAUGGAUUUUUUUUCUUUUUUUUUUCAGUGUCUUCCUGCCUGCUCAGAUGUCCACCCCAGCAAAGCUACGGAUCAUUUUUGAUGAUCAUACAGUUCAUAAAUUGCUUCUGCCAUCUGGUAUCCCCAGUUCUAUACAGGAUCUCAAACUCGUCAUCCAGAGCACAUUCAGCAUUCCAGAUGGCUUUACUCUAAUGUAUCAAGAUAUGGAGUUUGGGGGUCAGUUCUUCACAUUGGCCUCCAUAGAAGAUGUGCAAGACAUGGGUUCCCUGAAAGUUGUCCAAGUUGAACCAGUCAUUGUAAAUCUCAGCGCAGUGGAAGAAAAGGAUGACAACUUACCAGAAUCAGAUGGCCUGUCAUUCACAUCUUUAGCAUCUCAGGACACCAUUUUGCUCUCAUCAUCAUCCGAUGAAAGUCCAUCAUACCGUUCCCAACCAUGGCCAAGACAGUUCGAAAUUCCACCAUUUUCCUUUGACACUCAGCUUAUGCUGGAUGCAGGAAACAGAGCUUACCACUCCAAUGGAACCCUGUUAAACAAUCCGAAAGUGACAAGCAGCGUCCUUGAGAAAUUAGCUGAGAGAAUAUUUCAAUACACGGCCUACCCAACAGGAAUCCAAGUGAUCAAUGUUGUUGAGGCCUUGGUUGAGAAGUAUCCGUGCCUCAAAGAGCCAGGCUCAUUCAAUGGCAUGUAUGGAUGGCAACAAAGAAUCAAGUAUAAAAUGGGCAAUUAUCGGGCAAAAGUAAGAGGGCUCCAAAUUGCCUGCCCAGAGCUAGAGGUGAACUCUUCAAGAAAGAUGACUUCCAGUCCCAAAGGCCUCAAAAGGCCCAAAAAGGCAGAAGUAAAUUAUUUGCCGCCAUUGCCACUAGGAGAAACAAAAGAAACAAUGGAAGAAGAGAGGGUGGUUCUACUCACAGAAGUGAAAAAGACCAACAACAACAAGAUCAUCAGAGAGAAAAUGGAGAAGACUUUUCCAUAUCGACGGUUGGAGGUUGUCAACCAGAUGCCUGCUGUCCCAGGUGUCAUGGAGAGAUGGCCUGCCCUUUUCUAUGAAUCUCAGGUGAAGGAGGAGUUCAAAAGGAUCACAACUAUCCACCUGGACCGAACCUUUUUGACCAAGAUGGAUUUCUACACUCCAAAACUCCUGACAAUUUUCAAGUCCAAGGGUGGGACUGCAGGCGCAAAAAUGAAAAGCGUGUUGGAGUCGCUCAGUCAGCAACAGAUCGAUAGCCGUGAUGCGGUCAUCCGUUGUCUGAUCCAUUUCCUGGGAGAAUCAACAGAGGAGCUCAUUAAAGACUACCAGGAUGUCUCCAAGGAUGUCAUCGAACAAGACAUCAAAAACAGUGUGAUCAAGAUCCUUGUGCUGGGCAAUGCUGCAGAGGGUGCCCCGCCAACUGAUGUCAUCAUUGUGAUUGAUGGUACAGAGGUAUUGGGUGGUUGUAAAACACUCACCAAUGCUUGCAUUCUGCUCAUGGGCUUUGUGUACUCACUGAAUCUCAGUUAUCCUCCAAAAUUGAAAUAUACAUUUGAAGUGUUUCAAAAGUUGCUUUUGGAGUUGGAUGAUUUAAAGUUCUCUGCUAAAGUAGAUUCUCUGCGAAGGAAACUGCUAAUGUAAAAGGAAAAUGUGACUACAGCUCAUGCAGCAGAUGCAAUUGACUUUAUUGUGAAGUUGUUCAUAACUUGUUACAAGAGGCUUUGAGUUAUGCGUCUUGCUCUUGUAGGUUUAUUUAUUGACUUGAAUAGUGUAAAAAUGGGCCUGUGCAGGUUGGUGGCUUUUUU